GCCAUGGCCGGGAGCGAGCGGGGCCGAGCCGGCAGCUCCCCGCGGCCGCCGCAGAGCGACUGGGGCCGCCUGGAGGCCGCCAUCCUCAGCGGCUGGAGGAGCUUCUGGCAGUCGGUGGGCAAGGACAGGCCGCUGGCCCGGGCCGCCCGGGAGGACGCGGGCGAGGAGGAUUGCUCCCUGACGCGGCUGCCGAUUGAUGUCCAGCUAUACAUUUUGUCAUUUCUGUCCCCUCAUGAUCUGUGUCAGUUGGGAAGUACAAGUAGUUAUUGGAAGGACACUGUCCGAGAUCCAAUUCUGUGGAGGUAUUUUCUGUUGCGGGAUCUACCUUUAUGGUCUUCUGUUGACUGGAAGUCUCUUCCUGACCUCGGAAUCCUAAAAAAGCCUAUAUCUGAAGUCACUGAUGGAACAUGUUUUGACUACAUGGCAGUUUAUAAAAUGUGCUGUCCAUGUACAAGAAAAUCUUCGAAAUCUAGUCGUCACAUGUAUGGAGCUGUCACUUCGUUUUUACACUCCCUGAUCAUUCAGAAUGAACCAAGAUUUGCUAUGUUUGGACCAGGCUUGGAAGAACUGAAUACAUCUUUGGUGUUGAGUCUGAUGUCUUCUCGGGAACUUUGCCCAACCGCUGGUUUACCUCAGAGGCAGAUAGAUGGGAUUGGAUCAGGAGUCAACUUUCAAUUGAGUAACCAACAUAAAUUCAACAUUUUAAUAUUAUAUUCAACAACUAGGAAGGAAAGAGAUAGAGCAAGAGAAGAACAAACAAGUGCAGUUAACAAGAUGUUCAAUUUACAGAAUGAAGGAGAUAAUCAGCAAGGAAGCCGAUACAGUGUUAUUCCUCAAAUUCAGAAAGUGUGUGAAGUUGUGGAUGGCUUCAUCUAUGUUGCAAAUGCUGAGGCCCAUAAAAGACAUGAAUGGCAAGAUGAAUUUUCUCGCAUCAUGGCAAUGACAGAUCCAGCUUUUGGAUCUUCAGGAAGACCAAUGCUGGUUUUAUCUUGUAUUUCUCAAUCCAAUGUAAAACGAAUGCCCUGUUUUUAUUUGGCCCAUGAGCUGCAUCUGAAUCAUCUGAACUACCCAUGGAUGGUGCAGGAUACAGAGGCUGAAACACUAACAGGUUUUUUGAAUGGAAUUCAGUGGAUUCUUGGAGAAGUAGAAUCUAAGCCUGCAAGAUGACCCUCCUUCCUUAUUUACUGAUGUAGAUGUUUGCUCUAUAAAUUUAUUUUCUCUCGACUCUUUUGUAGGUGGGCUUUCAAUUGGACAGUGAUAGCUGCUAUGUGUAUUUGUGUUUUUUGUUUCAAACAAUA